CCAGGUGGGAGAGCAGUGAGCGCGUGCGCCCGCGAAGCCCCGUCUGGGGGCCAUGGGGGUCCAGGUGAGGCUGCCGCCCGGGGAGCCCUGCCGAGAAGGCCACAUGCUGUCUCUUGUCUGUCCAAACUCCUUCCAAGCUUGGUGUGAGAUCACGAAUGUGUCACAGCUGCUGGUUUCUCCUGGCCUCUACAUGGACCUGAACACCAGCACAACCAACUUGAGCAUUUCUGCAAAUGUGGAAAACAAGUACAGUCUUUACGUGGGCUUGGUCCUGGCAGUAAGUUCCAGUAUUUUUAUUGGCUCCAGCUUCAUAUUGAAAAAGAAGGGCCUCUUGGAACUGGCCAACAAGGGCAUUACGAGAGCUGGACAAGGUGGACAUUCUUACCUCAAGGAAUGGCUGUGGUGGGCAGGAUUACUGUCAAUGGGAGCAGGAGAGGCUGUCAACUUUGCAGCUUAUGCUUUCGCACCCGCCACCUUGGUCACCCCACUGGGCGCCCUGAGUGUUCUGAUAAGUGCAAUAUUGUCUUCCUAUUUUUUAAAUGAGCACUUGAACAUCCAUGGGAAAAUAGGCUGCAUAUUAAGUAUAUUGGGGUCAACUGUGAUGGUUAUCCAUGCCCCACAAGAAGAGGAAGUCACUUCUUUGCAUGAAAUGGAAAUGAAAUUGAGAGACCCAGGAUUUAUUUCUUUUGCCACAGUCGUAAUUGUGAUCUCACUGGUGCUGAUGUUGAUUGUGGCUCCCAAGAAAGGACAGACCAACAUACUGGUCUACAUCUCAAUCUGCUCUCUGAUUGGCGCAUUUUCAGUUUCUUCUGUCAAGGGCCUGGGCAUUGCCAUUAAGGAGCUGCUAGAAUGGAAGCCGGUUUACAAGAAUCCGCUGGUCUUUGUUUUGCUGGCUGUCCUUGUGCUCUCAGUGACUACACAGAUUAACUAUCUCAACAAGGCCCUGGACACCUUUAAUACAUCCCUCGUGACUCCCAUUUAUUACGUCUUCUUCACAUCCAUGGUAGUGACCUGCUCUGUCAUCUUAUUCCAGGAGUGGUACAGCAUGAGUGCUGGAGAUAUCAUUGGGACCUUGAGUGGGUUCUGCACUAUCAUCAAUGGCAUCUUCCUUCUACAUGCUUUCAAAAACACCGACAUCACCUGGAGCGAGCUGACCUCCGCCACUAAGAAAGAAGUCCUCUCUCCAAACAGCAAUGAGAACAACUAUGUUUUGCUAGAGAACGUAGACUCUUCAACCCCAGGAUACGAGGAUGACGUUACCUUGUUUAGCAGGACUGAUGAUCAAAGUCUGUAUAAACUCUGAAUGUCAAUCCAUGUAAAACACUUGGAGAACUAUUUGCUUCUUGGAAGAACUUCUAAGAAAGCUAAUAGUUUCUGCUCUAACUGUAACUUAGAUUGAUGCUAAGUAAAAAUGACUUCACUUGGGCCAUCAAAUUUGAAAAUCAAGUUUUGAUUCUUCUCCAGAGGACCUAUUCAUCUUUUGAUCUCUGCAAACAAAGCAUCAAAGAAGCUGAAACGUUACAUAUGUCCCCUAAUAACGUCUCUCUUCCGAUCACAUUGUAUUUGGCUCUGCCAGAUGGCUCUUAAUUUCAUUGGUGGCCGUUCUUGGACUCAUGAUAACUCAUAAAGUUAUCUGUGUUCUGAUAAGCAGAGUAUCAGUCACAAGUCUCUGAUGAGUCAUAAUUUCACAUUAUUAAAACUGACAAGUGAGAUCACUGGUGCUUUGCCCUCCCUUCCACAACUUCCUUCUGUUUAAACUCUAUUGCUGUUGGGUAAAGUGUUUAAAAAAAAAAAAUAGGCCUACUCUGCAGAUCCAUUCCUUAGUGCACUGGAAGGCACAAGACACGCCCACAGAUGAAGAGUUGGUGGAUCGUAACUCAUUGGCCAUCACAGGAGUUUAUUGCCAAUUAAAGAUGGAGAAUAGAAGAUGGAGAAAAAUAUUUUAAACCUCCAGUAAAGGAAACACAGUUUUUUUGUUUUUCUUUUCACAGACACAUAAAUGUGUUCACAGGUUCUUUUUCACUCAGUCCGGCUGACAGACAACAUGGGGUUUCUGGAGCAGCCCAUGUGAAUCCAGCUUUAGAGUUACUUAUCUUCCUUUUCUUUCUUUUGCUAUUAUCUCAAAGAUUGUUUUUCUUGUUGAUGUGGAGGGUCUGGUGGAAUAACUGCUGCCUUAUUUCAGGAUUAUAUUGUACACUUCAAUUUCUUGCAAAUGUUUUUAUCCCUAAAAGGGUCAGAGGUAAAAUAUGCCACAGAUUGUUUAGAAACAGUGAGAAAAGCCUUUGUGAAAAAUACGAACAAAUUGUCAUCACGGUUCUCUUGAUAGUUACUACUUUCUCCUUUGUUUAAGAAAAUCACAAAUAGUUAGUAACCUUACAAAGCAGGUACAUCCCUCUGCUGUAAGUGGCAGAUUGCCCAUUUCUGUUAAAUGUAACAUCAAAUGUAACCUUGGUUUUUGGUUUUCGGCUAGCUUAAGAUCCCUAGGGCAUUCGUGGUAAACGCUGGUAUUCGGAAUUCUGCUACAUUGACUUCAGCAUUUGCUCAGUUGUGUUGAAGUCAACUCUGUUCGCCAUAAUGACCUGAGAUAGCUGCCAAGUCUGCGACUGCUCUCUGCAGCCCGGGUCAGUGUGGAGCACAAGGCAGUGCAUCCUCGAGUUCCCAAAGUUGAGAGUCUGUGCAAGAUCGAUGCCAAUUCGUGUUCACGUGGUGGACUGCUGUUUCACUUGACUCGCCAAUCAGAUAACACAAGCUAUGAACACACGUUUUUAGGAAAAGUGUCUUCUGAAAAGGUAGCAUUUGAAAACUGUAAAAAAUCCUUUCAACAUUUGUAGUUUGGAGGGCUCCGUUUCUCCUGCACACUUUCUUGGUGAGGAAAUCAGUGACAUUGUUUGACCUCCAACCCAAGUCUGUGUUGCUUCUGUAGUGAAUGAAAGGUUCAGGUGUUCCUUAAUGCCACCUGUUACAAAGUUGUUGCCCUUGGAACAUUUUGCCCAGCUCAGAGGAUCCUAGAAUAGGAGCAGUUGUGUAACCUGGAUUGGAAAAUGAACUGGUGCUGACAUAUGCAGCCAGGAGGAAAGCUGAGAAAGAUUUAAGGAAUAGUAUCUUGAGAAACAAUGAAAUAUUUGAAAAACUGUUUACAAACACCAACAGUAGGCACAGGUAUUAAGAAAAAAUGUUUUCGUAAGUCUUAACAUUAAAAUUUUUUCCCAAGUAAAAAUUCUUGUUUAAGCAAGAAUAAAAUGCUGGAUCCCUAUGUUCAGGUAAAUAUUAGUUUUAACUGGUAGUUUCAUAUAUGUAUAUAUUUUAAUGAAUAUACUUUGUGUAUCAUCAUAUAUAGAUAUCUUAUGUGAAUAUUUGUAUAUGUGUCAUUAAGGAUUACAAAGUUGGGCUCACAUAGGACAAAUUGAAAGCCUAUUCUAGUUCUGUAAAGAUAACAGUUAUUUUACUAUUAGGUCAAUGGUUAAUGGUUAAUGAUUUCAUUUUUAGUUCAGAUUACAAAAUGUUAAUAAACCUUUUAUAUUCAACAUCAUAAAAUUAACACCUACUUUUAGAAGUAUUAAUUCAUGUUAGUCGUAAGCCAGACAUGUGGUAGGCACUUAAUAAAAUCAGGUUCUCUCUGAAUUGACUUAAUUUUUACAAUCUUAGUAGAGGACCAUUGAGUGCCAUAUUUCCUUUGCUCUUCAUCUUUUCUCAUUUCAUCUCAUAUUAGCUCAUUUAAAACAACCCAAGUGAAAGCGAUUCUAUUAUUAUUUUAUCAAUACCAAUAAAAGUUAUUUUUAAAAUAUUUUUCUUAAUGAAACCAGCAAAACUUAACAUUAUUUUACUUUCCAACAAAACUAUGGGAAAAUAAUAUGAAUACAUGUGCGAUGUUCUCAAAUAUUUAAUAAACUGUGUUCAUGAAAUUUUAUAGUUUUCAAAUGUUCGUAAAUGCUGUUUUAGGAAGUUUACAAAUUUUGAAUAUUUGUAUAUUUUUCAUAUGCAAUAAAAUAAGGUGCUUUAAUCAUG